GAGGGCGUGGCUGAGGGAGGAGCCCACAGGUAGGUGCUUCUGCCGAGGUGCCUGGAGAGGUCUGUGUGGUGGCCAGGUUGUAAGGUGGAAUAGGUCCACACUGGUCACCGCAGAGAGACUAAAGGCGUGUCUUCACCCGCUGUGGCCAUUUCCUGCCAAGAACCCCGCCGUUCACUGGCUUCACCUUCCCCGUCGGAGAUCCUGGGAUUCCUCACUUCUGAGCCCACAUCUAAAUCCUGCCUUUCAAAACCAGCCUUCCUCCCUCCUCUACCAACAGUCUCCCCCGGGGGCCCUCGUCCUGGGCCAUGGCCCUAAGGGUGGGCCUGGGACCUGGGCAGCUGGAAGCUGUGGCCAUUCUGCUUCUUAUCGGAUUGCUCCAGUCAAGAGUGGGAGCUGACGGGGCUGAAGCCCCGUGUGGUGCUGUUAUGCAGCCACGCAUCACAGGCGGUAGCAAUGCCAAGCCUGGCCAGUGGCCCUGGCAGGUCAGCCUCACCUACGAUGGCGUCCAUGUGUGUGGAGGGUCACUGGUGUCCAACCAGUGGGUGGUGUCAGCUGCUCACUGCUUCCCCAGAGAGCACUCCAGGGAACAGUACGAGGUGAAGAUGGGAGCCCAUCAGCUGGACUCCUACAACAACGAGACUGUGGUCCGCACAGUGGCUCAGAUCAUCGCCCACUCAAGCUACCGAGAAGAGGGCUCCCAGGGUGACAUUGCACUGGUCCGCCUCAGCAGCCCUGUCACCUUCUCCCGCUACAUCAGACCCAUCUGCCUCCCUGCAGCCAAUGCCUCCUUUCCCAACGGCCUCCAGUGUACUGUCACGGGAUGGGGGCACGUGGCCCCUUCAGUGAGCCUCCAGAUGCCCAGGCCACUGCAGCAGCUUGAGGUACCACUGAUCAGCCGUGAAACCUGUGGCUGCCUGUACAAUAUCAAUGCCGUGCCUGAAGAACCCCACACUAUCCAACAGGACAUGCUGUGUGCUGGCUAUGUGAAGGGAGGCAAAGAUGCUUGUCAGGGUGACUCUGGGGGCCCACUCUCUUGUCCCAUAGAAGGCCUCUGGUAUUUGGCAGGCAUUGUGAGCUGGGGUGAUGCCUGUGGAGCCCCUAACAGGCCUGGAGUAUAUACUCUAACUUCUACCUAUGCCUCCUGGAUCCACCACAAUGUGGCAGAGCUCCAGCCUCGUCUCGUUCCCCAAACCCAGGAGUCCCAGCCAGAUGGCCACCUCUGCAACCAUCAUCCUGUCUUCAACUCAGCUCCAGCCCGGGGAUUAAGGCCCAGACUUUUCCUGCCACUGGGCCUGGCCCUGGGCCUCCUCUGCCUUUGGUUUGAACAUUAAGCUGCUUAACCCUCAAAACUGACCAUGCCUCCCAGACCAACAGCACACCAAGGACGUGCCGUUCAGGAGGGCAGUGCACCAGCUUUAUCUCUGAGCCCAUUCUUCUUCAUUUGCUCUUUGGGAUUCUAAUCAAGGGCCAAGAAGUUUACGGCCUGUGGAAUGGGCCGGAAGUUCGAGCUCCCUUCCUCUACUGUGUGCAGUUUAUUGGUUAGGCUCCUAUGGAGCUCCCAGAAGCCUCCACCAGGAAAGUGCGCCCCGACUUCCACCUGUGUCUAGUACACAGCGCAGCUGCCCAGCGGUCUGCUGCAGAAGACCAGCUUCAGGGCCCUACCCAGCCUGCCUGAUGAGCCCAUUACUUUGUCCUCUUCCUGUCUCCGGGGCUUUGUCUGUCCUUCAGACAGGGAAGACCUCAGCCUCACUCCGCUGGCUGCCAAGCCUGCUUUGAGCCAACUCCUGGACUCCGGAGGACUGAGCCCCCACCGGAGCCGGCUGGGGCUUGAUCAGGGUGAGGGAUAAGAGGAGCAAGGAGUAAAUGUUUUGAACACAACUGGCUGUAUGUGAGAUGAAAUGAAGAA